UUGUAUCUAAACCUUUACCUCGAGGCUCUUGCUUUAACGUCAGCAACAUUUAUGUUGGUUGUCUCCAACCUAAUUCCAGUCAUUACCUUCAUCAUGGCUGUGUGCUUCGGAAUGGAUAAAUUCGAUUUGAAGUUCGUGGAAGGAAAAGCUAAGGUGAUAGGAACAAUAAUGGGAAUGAGUGGUGCAAUGUUGAUUAUUUUUUUCAAAGGUACAGAAAUUCAUAUUUGGUCUUCUAAAAUCAACCUUUUGUAUCCAAAUCAAAAUUCAAAUGAACAAAUAGCAUCUCACCAUGCCGACUUUGCUGAGAAAGCGUUGGGUGUUUUGUGUGCACUAGCAAGCAGUUGCUCUUUCUCAUUGUGGUAUAUUAUUCAGGCUAAGUUGAAUAAGGAAUACUCAAGUCAUCCCUCAAGUGCAGCUUUAAUAGCCACAAUGGGAGCCAUUCAAGCAACUAUUAUUGCUCUUUGUGUUGAAAGGGACUGGGAACAAUGGAAGCUACGAAACAACCUCAGGAUUCUUUCCGUUAUUUAUCCAGGAAUAGUGGUCUCAGGAUUAGUUGUUAUCGCUACCACCUGGUGCAUAAAGAAGAGAGGCCCUGUAUUUGCAUCUAUUUUCAGUCCUUUACAACUCUUACUUGUAGCUAUAGCUGCUUAUUUCAUGUUAGAUGAGAAAUUAUAUUUGGGAAGCAUGCUUGGAGCAAUUGUGAUUGUGUGCGGUCUCUAUGCGGUACUUUGGGGUCAAAGCAAAGAAAUGAAAAAGAAAAUGAAGAUAAUAGAAAUCACAAGAACUACUGAAAAUGAAGGGCAUGUUGUUAUUUCCACACUUGUUUCCCAUGACAUAGUCGUCCAAAUCAACCAAAGUUCUGCCAUUACUAAAGAGAAUGUUGUUAAUGAUCAAUGA